AGCAACUAAAUGGAGGCGGAAAACACGAAAAUCUGCGAUCAGUCGUUUUCUAUCCGUCGAAACGUUCUAAUUAUGACGAGGAUUACUUUGCUGUUGCUCGUUCACGCGUUUUCUGCGACGCAAUGCGCAAAUAUACUUGGUGUUACUAGUAUGAUCUCGCACAGCCAUCAUCUAUGGAAUGAAAAAUUGGCCGAAGGAUUGUUGAAAAAUGGACACAACGUUACGCUACUGUCGCACGAUAAGGCCAAGAUCAAGCACAUGAAUUACACGGUCAUCCAGCUCGAAGGUGGAUAUGAGAAGAUUCAUGAACUAUUCGAUUAUGAGGAGAGCUUUUCUCAACCGGAAUCGGCAGACAUCUCCAAUUUCUGGAAAGUAAUUGGUUUAAUAUGCGCUCACGACUUAUCUACAGAGGGCCUAAAAACCCUAAUGAAAUACCCAGAGGACUACAAAUUUGAUUUAAUCAUUUGGGAUUUAAACUCAGGCGAAUGCCUUUACCCGUUAAUUAAACGAUUCGGAAAUCCACCGGUCGUUGGUGUAUCGCCGUUUGGAUUACAGCCUUACAUCAGUUAUAUGAUGGGAAGUCAUUAUUUCAAUUACAUUCCGUUUUACGGUACAUCAUACACGGGUGGAGCCAUGUCUUUCUGGGAGCGUAUCUCGAACACGCUCUCCAUAAACUACCUCACCUAUGUGAGGAUCAAUUCUUAUUUACCGACCAUGCAAACGUUAGCAUACGAACAUUUUGGGAGCUCACUCACGGAGCCAGCGUUGGAAGUCGAAAGGAAUUUCUCAUUGGCAUUAGUGAACAGCGAUGCAAUCUUUAAUUUCCCCGAAGCCCUUGCGCCGAAUAUUAUUCCCGUCGGAGGUUUGCACAUAGAACCGGCUAAGCCCAUCCAGAAGGACUUGAGAAAGGUCUUCGAAUCAACCAACGGCGUUAUUAUUUUCUCUCUAGGCUCAAACAUCCAAGCCGAAUUUCUUAACGAUAAUAUGAUGAACAAUUUCAAUCGCUGCUUUGAAACGCUCCCGUACACCUUCAUUUUAAAAUACAAUAAUACGCAUCAAAGAAAGUUUCCGAAGAAUGUAAUUACCAGGCCUUGGUUACAAAUCAACGAUAUUUUGGGCCAUCCAAAAACGAAACUUUUCAUUUCACAUGGAGGAGCUUUGAGCACGCAGGAGGCUAUGUACCAUGGCGUACCAAUAGUUGGAAUACCAUUCUUUGUUGAUCAACUUGGAAACAUUGCUAAACUGGUGGAGAGGAAAAUCGCAGAGAGGCUGGAAUUCGACAAGCUAUCGCCAGAGUAUAUCUGUCAGAAAAUCAAAACCGUCCUUGAAAAUUCCACCUAUUAUGAGAACGUGCAAUUAAUUUCGAGAAGGGUCAAGGAUCAACAGAACACCCCUUUGCAGAGAGCCGUGUUUUGGAUUGAAUAUAUACUGAGGAACGGGAAUGGGGAACAUCUAAGUUUAGCGGCCAGAGAUAUGUAUACAUUUCAGACGCUCAACAUUGAUAUAAUUGGCUUGGUUGCCGUCUUAAUUGCAACCGCACUACUUCUAGUUUACUUAGUCUACAUCAUCUUUCUGAAACAAAUAAACAAAGUUAAAGUCGACUGAAUUCACCUCGCAUAACUAAAUCAUUUCAGAAAUUAUCAUUAAAUAAUAGUUUAUCAUCACUACUUUUCUAUAAAAAAUAUUUAUUACUAAUCACCUUCUAACCUGUAGAGAUUUUAUAAGAUA